AUUUAAUCACCAUCUUAAAACUACCACAGAACCACGUCUUGUCGUGCUUCACUAAAUGAAAAUCAAUUUCAACCGAGUAUUUCAAUCGGCGAAAUCUCAAAAAAAUCAUACCUCUGAUAUAUAAAUGUUUAUUAUUCUACUUCGUUCGCGUGGGAGUAUAAUUGUAUCCAACAUAUUGUUUAUCUAUCUCAUCACAUCUACUGAAUACCGUACUAUACUCCAUUAAUGUUUCGAUUCUAUUUCGUUCCGAUGUUUACGUAUUAGACGUGCACUUGAGUGGGUGACUGUAUGGUGACAAGGUCUCUGUGUCAAAGAUUUUUAAGAGGCAUACUCUAGACCUGUGUCGGUGCUCGAGACUUUUUCAAUGGCAGUCGAUUGCUCUUCACUCGUAAGAAACAAAACACUACCGAUUUAUAAAAAAAUCAUGAAGAUAUAAUGUGGCCUCUUUACUAGAGUUAAACUCUACAUUUAUCAAUGUAUAAUAAUGUUUCUUUAAAUAUUACCAUAGCAAUUAUGUCACGUCGACGGUCAAGUUUUUUAGAGCCUUUGGAAUAUGAAAACAUUUUUUGUUAUACUUUCUUCACAAUAGAGUCAUAACCUCAGCGAAGAUAUUGUCACUGCGGCGGCGCCUACGCACUGCAUGUUUCUAUUUAUUAUGAUUUACCAAACCGACGCUACGCUCCACACUCGGCUAUUAUUAGCCCAACUUUAUUUUAGAGGCUGGCUGGAAACACUGUUAAUGCGCAAACGUACAAACAUAGUCGUUAAGAGUUAAAUACUCUGCAUUUUGCUCUCUAAAGUGCUAAGUGACAAACUAAAAUUACUCUACAAAACAAUAAGAAAAAUAUAGGACAAUAUUUAACGAUACAUUUUCGGAAUAUGUAGAAUUGUUGGAGCUUUUAACAUUUCUGUUCGACUGUCAGCUGUUUGUUGGCGGCAAUACCCGUCUUCAUACAAGAGAAUGUCGCGGGCAUUUCCAAUACUUAUAUUUAGAAACGGGAAUGUAUAUUUAAACGUGUGUUUUGAUACGAUACUCUUGAGUGCACAAAGCUCGCGUGGUUACGUUAAUAUUGUGUUUACUUGAUCUCAGUUUUUGUAAUUUGAUUAUCAAGCUUUAACUACCAAUAAAACCUUGAGAAAAACUACUAUAAUAAUUUAGGUGGUUUUCAUAUUGCAAGCUUAAUAAAAAUACUUAAUAUUACGAAUGAAACGAAUCUGACCUUCAAAGCUCCAUGUCAACAAAUUAAACCUUAUCAUAAAGAAAUGGCAAUAUUAUUAUGGAAUCGAGGUAAAUAACAAAUUACUCGGUAACAACAUCAUGCUUAUAACUGCAGUAGUUAGUACAAUUACGAAUGAUCAUCUAUCAUUAGGUAUUUAACAAAAUAAAGCUCUAUAUUAUAUUUACUUAUUACGUCUGGCAAAAUAAUAUAUUAAAAGUUUAGAACAAAAGAGAACCAAUAAAAACUGACGAUGACCUAAUUUCUCUCGAAAUUUAUAUCAAGCUAUAAACAAAUGAGUGAUGCGCCAAAUUUCAGAAAUGCGAAACUAGAAACAAUACACGAUCGACGUUAGUCCCGAAGUGCACAUGAAACAAGUGUAGUACACCGAGUACAUCGCUAGCGAAUUUAAUGCUCUAUUUCAUUGCCCCCGAAACGUUUACAUUUUAAUGAACGCACCGUACAUUAAAUGUGACUAAUUGCGAAUGUACUAACUACCGAUAGAACGCCUUACGAAUGACUUACCGGUGGAAUCGCAAGUCCUUGUGUAUUCAUCGAUUUUUCAUUACAUUUUUCAAUGUUAUCACGCCCAAGACGUAAGAACUUAAAAUAGCUGAAGUAAUUAUUUAUCGAUUCAUUCCAUAGUACAUUUUAACGAAGGAUUACUAAGUAAUUUAUCUCUUAUACUGCAGAAUACAUCCGCUAAAGCACGAAGCGCAUUUUAAUUUAAAUAUAAAUAAGAAAUAUCUCGCACAGACGCUGAUAAUAAUUUUCCCCUCAUUACACACAAUAAUGUCUUUCUCAAAGGAAAAUAAGAAACAAUUUUAUAGCAGUGGGUACCACAAUGAAUUUCUAUUAUAAAAAUAAUAAGUCUGAAAGAUUUUAUUGUUUUCUUUCAAAUGCAAUAGUUAUGCUAACCCUCGGGGCGCGCUGCAUCAAGGCUGUCAAGUUGUUUAUAAUAGAAUUGAAUAAAACAUAAUUAUACUUCCUUUGUCUGUCUUUUCUCCGCACAAUUAUGUUCUCUUGUUAAUUUUCCUUUUUAAUUACUCUAACAACAGACUUACACAAAAGCGUAAUACAAGAUACAAUGAAAAAAUACUGUUUCAAAGUUGCUUUCGUCCUUUAACGGUAAUCGCAUGAAAUUAAUUACGUGUAUCCUGAAAUUUCGCAUACGACUUCAUCCCGCACGGAUGUACUGAAAGAGACAUAAAUAUUAACGACACGGUUACAAUUAGCUUUACCUGAUACCCUUCCCGUAAUUAUAUCCUAAUUCGAGAAGGUCUUCGACAAACAAGCAACCUUAAUGGGUUUACUCCAAUAAACCUAAUUUGUAGACCUCAUCAAGUCUACAUUCAAAAUGCCACAGAAAUCUGAAUAAUACGCACUGCAUCGCACACAGGCAUCAUUUCAUCUCGCAGUAUAUUUUCAGGUCACAAAUACACGUCUAGAUAUACACUAACAACUAAUAAAGGUCAUGGAUCACGUAAAUGCCAAACCCACACCGAGUUAAAAAUGCAAGGGUAGGAAAUCAAUACAAAAUUAUGUUCCAAAAUAGUACGGACACGGGUCUGUUUCCAGUCCUAAAAUAGCCUUAUAAGUACAAAGUGCAAGGUUUUAAAUCAAAAUGUCAAAGUACAAAAUAGGCUUUAUUUUGUGUAAAGGAAAAUCUAUAUUCUAGAUAUCUAGAAUUAUUAAAUAGGAAGUGAUUGUUAGGCAAGUAUUGGUAGAGCUACGGCGGAAGGGAAGGGUGGAUGCAAGCUAGAGCCAGUUUGAGUGGUCAGCGGCGCCGGGGGUCGGGGUUGCAUCGCUCUCGCCUGUAGGGCUGUUAGUUCCUCGCGAUCAGCCGGCAGGGUAACACCUACUGCACUAUGGAAAUGACAACCUACUCGCAUGUUGCCGGCGUCGAAGGACCGAGUACAGACCCUAACGAUAGGGUUGAGGAACAAGAGUCGCUGCCAAAACUGUGCAGUCAAGAAGAAGAGCCUGGACGCCCGCCCCAAGGCGGUGUCGUCACAUUCGAGCCCAUUCAACACGACCACGACUUCUGCGAACGCGUCGUGAUAAACGUGAGCGGGCUGAAGUUCGAGACUCAGCUGCGAACUCUCAACCAAUUCCCGGAAACCCUUCUGGGGGACCCAUCUCGGAGAAUACGCUACUUCGAUCCCUUGAGGAACGAAUACUUUUUCGACCGGAACCGCCCUUCAUUCGACGCAAUCCUGUAUUACUACCAAAGCGGCGGCCGCCUGCGGCGCCCAGUAAAUGUACCUUUAGAUGUCUUCUCCGAGGAGAUUAAGUUCUACGAACUCGGAGAACAGGCCACCAACAAAUUCCGUGAGGAUGAGGGCUUCAUCAAGGAGGAGGAGAAACCCCUCCCCUCCAACGAGCGCCAGCGCAAGAUCUGGCUGCUCUUCGAAUACCCCGAGAGCUCCCAGGCCGCCCGCGUCGUGGCUAUCAUCUCCGUGUUCGUAAUCCUGCUGUCCAUCGUCAUCUUCUGCCUGGAGACCCUUCCGGAGUUCAAACACUACAAAGUCUUCAACACCACCACCAACGGCACUAAGAUCGAGGAAGACGAAGUCCCCGACAUCACCGACCCGUUCUUCUUGAUCGAAACGCUGUGUAUCAUCUGGUUUACAUUCGAAUUGAUAGUGCGGUUUCUGGCGUGUCCGAACAAGUUCAAUUUCUUUAGAGACGUGAUGAAUAUUAUAGACAUAAUAGCCAUCAUCCCCUACUUCAUCACCUUGGCGACCGUGGUUGCCGAGGAGGAGGACACUCUGAACUUGCCCCGCGCGCCAGUAUCUCCACAAGACAAGUCCACUAACCAAGCCAUGAGUCUUGCAAUACUACGUGUUAUACGUCUCGUGCGUGUGUUCCGUAUAUUCAAGUUAUCUCGGCACUCAAAGGGCUUGCAGAUCCUGGGGCGCACACUGAAGGCUUCGAUGAGGGAACUCGGCUUAUUAAUAUUUUUCUUGUUUAUCGGUGUGGUGCUGUUUUCAUCCGCGGUGUACUUCGCUGAGGCGGGAAGUGAGAACAGUUUCUUCAAAUCCAUACCAGAUGCGUUUUGGUGGGCGGUCGUGACAAUGACGACCGUAGGAUACGGAGACAUGACGUAUGAUACAGCGACUUCACCCAAGUUUCAUCUUUGCCAUCUCGUCAUUUCAUUUUUCCUACAACCUUACAUUGGCAUAUUUAACACAAUUGUGAUUCCUUUUGUCACAUCAUGUAACUACAUAUGCUUCAGUUUGAUUUUAUCGUCGGUUCGCUUAGAACUAAACCGAUCACACGUUUUAUUCACCUUUUUACUGAGACUUUUGCACGUUCGGAAACGUUCCUUUUUGUCUUGUUAUUAUUUUAAACAGUCUUCGUGUCAUGUUAAUUUUUCUGAACUUUUACAAUUUUACAUAGAAGCUUAGUUGUAAUAUUUUCCAUUGCCAAGACACGUACACAAGUACCACAAGUCCUGUCGUCGGUGUGACUAUCGCCCCUCCCAAAGCGUAUUCUAUAAUAAGAGAGAGAACUGCUUUAUGUGUGCACUUGAAGUGAGGCGGCGUGCGGCCGCGCGGCGCCGCGGCGCAGGCUCGGCUGCACGACCUCCACUUGAAGUGUCUCGUUGUAUCCCGACCACUUGUCCACUGUCGAAUGUUGCUCCUCUGUAUCGCUUCCGCUGAACGUUCUUAUGUAUCCUGUCCGAUGUUACCUGUUUCGGUGUUGUGGCUAUUACAAACUAUGUUACAGACGUUAGCUUAUCGAAAAUGGUGAUCCAUGUCAGAUGCACACGUGAUGUGACCGAGUGGAUUUUCUUCUUCAUAGUGUACAUUAGAUCUGUAUUGCUUGUGCACCCAGUGUUCAAACAUCAUCGCAACUAUCUCUCUCUAAGUGUUGGAAUGUUCUGCAAAGCUCUCCCAGUGGUAAAAUCUACACUUGAAUGCUACUAUGUAAAAUUGAUGUUCAGAUUGAUUCAUUGCUUGUUAAUGUCGUUGGCUUCAAAUCAUUAGCUUUUUAUACACCAUUUUCGAUAUAGAUACAUAUAUGUUUAAGUUUAGCCGUGAUAAUAUCGUUUGCAUGACUGUGAAGUCGUUAAUGUAGGUUUGAUACCAUGUCCGUGCUCGUAGUUAUAUGUUAUAGUGUGUGUCCUCCUAGGUUCUAUUCUAUUAUUUUUAUGUUUUCACCAAUUUAUUUUAAUUUACACAAAAAGUUCUUUGAAAACCAAGCCGUAGAUUAGAAAUGACCUGGGAAUUGAUUUAUUUCUAAAAAAAACAAUUACCUAGAAAUAAAUUGAAUUCUAAGUGCUUUUUUGAAAUCGACGUUUUGGUUUUCUAUUUGGACGUCAACGCUAGCGUUAAACAAACUGCAUUGCAAUAAACAUAUCAAGGUUACACAGAUGAUGUAACACGCUGGCGAGCGUGGACGGUGAAGGAUGAAAUUGUAUUGCUUGCGCCCUUAAUUAUGCUCAGCGAAUGGUCUCGACAAAAUAAACAUGUUUAACCAUACUGCCAGAUAUUCCUUGUUGAUUUUGUUUCUUCACUUAAUUCUUAUUAUUUUAGUAGAAUAUAGAUAAUUCAAUAUUCAUAUUAAGUAUAUCUCCGACGGUACGUAUUGAACAUAUUAACGCAUGAACAUCAUCAGUCGCGUUUAUGUUUAUUAACCAAAUAUUAUUUAGUUGGAUCAUCUGUUUGUUUGGUUUUUAACGGAGGCGGCGCGUGGUGCAGUAUUUUGAUGAUCUGUUUUUAUGGUAUAGGCCGGUGGGAGUGUGGGGCAAGAUCGUUGGCUCGCUCUGCGCUAUCGCCGGUGUGCUCACCAUCGCAU